GACGAUUCUACGGCUGUCAGCACAAACUAUUAACUCAAUUGGAGCCUAUAUUUAAUUAAAAAAUAUGAAGAUGAAUCCACCACCAGAAAAGGAUCCAACACCACCCCCACUGGGGGAACAACAAGGGAUAUUUCCUGAUGGUGUACCACUGGAGGAAACAAUAGUGACACCUCCUGAAGGUGUUGACACCUCACCACUGGAUGAAAAAGUAGUGGCAAUUCCUAGAGAUGUUGCCAGAGAACAGUUUGAUAAAAUGCCAGUGGCGUGUCAAAAAGUAAGCUUCACUCCAGAAUUUGGUGAAAAGCCAAUGGCACCUCCUGAAAUCUACAAGCCACCAAACUUGAAUGGUACCCCAAAUAUGAAUUUUUCUCCAGGUGAUAUCUUAAACAAGAACUUUGCAUCAAACCAUAAACCAUAUGAAAGUGAGGGGGAUGAACUUGCUAUGAAACAUGAUUUGCCAAGGCCUAGUAGUAGAUCAAGUUUCAGUAGUGAACGUAGCGACAGCUUUGAAGUCCUCUCUGAACCUGAUGAUGUACAGGCCUCCACUUAUGAGGGACCUACUUCCUGUGACUACCAAGAAAUCUUGGCGUUUGUGCAGAGCAAGAUCAUUGUGAAAAACAACCCAUCUUCACCACCACUGGAAGAAGAAUCAGCACCUAGUGUCUGUCAUCCACCUGUGAAUGAUAGCUUAUCAGCCACAAGACAAAAUGACUCAUCAGCAUCUAACCAAAAACCAAGAGGGAUUGAAUACACAAGUAAAGAGGGAGACAGAUUUGCUGGGACACAUUUUUCGCCAAGGCCUAGUAGUAGAUCAAGUUGUGAGAACAUUCCCCCUGAAGUUACUCAGGAUUUUGAAGCUGUCUCAACUUAUUCAGACAGUGGUGGAUGUAGUGACAGCUUUGAAGACAUCUCUAAACCUGAUGAUGUACAAGCCCCUACUGAGUUUGAGCCUUCUUACUGUGACAACAUACAAGCAUGUGAAGAAUCUGCUAUACCACCUAGUGUCUACUAUCCCCCUGUAAAUGACAGCUUGUCAACCACAAAAGAAGGUGUUCCUAAGGCUGAAUUUUCUGCUGCUGAAUUACAAAAAAAACUGGACUCUGGAUAUGGGUCAAGCAAAAAAUCAACAGGAGCAUUUGAAUCUAAAGAAAGUGAACGAGAUGCAUUGUUACCCUCUACUAUCCUAAAGGAGAGCAACAGAGAAUUUCUAACUACUGGCUCAAGUCUGGGUACUUUUGAUGACAAAAUACAACCUGAUGAUUCCGCACAUUCAGAGAUUAGCGAUAGUGACAGUAUUGAAAUUAUCAGCAACUCUGAUUUUGCUGAGAGACCAAACACUGAUCGUGAGGACAUUGAGGAUUUAGGACAGUUUUCAAGACAAGUACUCCGAACAACGAAUUUCCCAUACUAUGAAAUGUAUGCUACAGGAGGCCAGAAUUUAAAGAUUGUUCUGAAAAAUGGAGAAAUAUACCAGACUUUCUGCUAUGUGUAUUCAAAGGACAUCAGCUGGCAGUUGGAUCUUGAGUAUGGCUUUAAGGGAGAGGAAGGUGAAGGAUAUGGCCCAACUAAAGAAGCGUUCACCAGGUUCUAUGAGGAGGGAAAAGACUUAGUCUAUGAUGGAUAUGGAGAAAUGGUACCAAGGAAAUGUGACAAAUGGAAAAUAGUAGCUCAAAUCCUGUAUCAUCAAUUUAAACUCACGAAAAGGUUUCCUUUGUUUCUGUGCAGAGCUCUCAUCAGUGAAAUGCUAACUGGAAGAGAUAUUAGAGAGUACGAUCAACAGUGUUUAUUGAAAUCUUUUUGCAAUACAAAAGUGAUAAAUAAUAAAAUCAUUUUUUUAUCUGCAAUUAAUGAUGGCUUAGAGAACAUGCUACCGGAGGAUCAAGAAACUUUGUUUAGAGGUAUUAGAGAAGAACUAACAGCCGCUAAUUUUGAACAUAAAAGCAUUAACGCUGAAAAUUGGCGCGAAAUUCUUCUUAUUUUGGCCCACUUGGUUCUUAUAGAGAAUUCCUCAAGUGUUGUGCAUGAAUUCCAAAAAUGCAUGAGAAAGGAUAACUGUGAAUUCUAUUCUGUAGAUGAGGCAAAACAAAUUAUCAAUGAGUUGAACCCUACAGCAAAUGCCAUCAUAGGUAAGAUUGAAAUCCCAUCAAAUUUAUCAGAAAAAGAAAAUAAUAUUUUAAGAUUCCUGUUUCAAUUUAUAUCAUCUUACUGUCAAAGCAGUGAGAAUGCAGAACGACUCAUGUUGUACUGUACUUCAAGCACAACACUGCCAUUUGAACCUAUUAAAAUAGAUUUUAAUAGUGUUAAUGGACUAAUGCGUGCAGUUACAGCUAGCACCUGUGAUAACUUGUUGCAUAUACCAAACACCUAUGAAGACCAACGAAAAUUUGAGGAGGAAUUUAUAAAUACACUCCAAAGCAACGAAUCAUUCGUCUUUAGCUAUAAUUAAGAUUAAUCAAAUACUGUAGAGGCUUCCUGCAGAACAGCAGCAGCAGAAGUAGUAGCCAUGUACUGUAAGUAGUUACUUCAUUUUUGGAGUUUGAAUGAAAGCUUGAAACUCCGAUUUCUACUAUUAGAUAAACAAUCAGAUUUCAGAGGUUUUCAAACUUUUAACCAACCCUCAGAUGUCAGAGGUUUUGCAUACUAUAUGCGAAAAUUCCAAAAUAGGAGUUUUCAAACUUUCAAUAUAACCUCCGAUUUCGAGGUUCUGCGUACUAUACGUGGAAACUAAAAAAUCGGAGUAUUAUUAAAAGUUUUGCUCUCUCUCUUUCUCUCUCUAUGUGUAUAUAUAUAUAUAUAUAUAUAUUAAUAUAUAGAAAGACAGAGCUUAUUUAAUUAAUAGUACGCAGAAACUCAGAAAUCGGUUUGAAUAAAAGUCUGAAAACUCCAAUUUUGGAGUUUUCGGUUAUAAAGUAGUACAAAAACCUCUGAAAUUUGACGGUUGAUUAAAAGUUCGCUCUCUCUAUAGAGCUUGUUUAAUUAAUAGUAUGCAGAAACUCAGAAAUCGGAGGUUUGAUUAAAAGGUUAAAAACUCCGAUUUUGGAGUUUUCGUGUAUAGUACGAGUUUUGGUGGUGGGCGCAGACACUCUGAUUAAGGAGUAACUACAUACCUCUAGUAGUAGUAAGUGUGUUUUAGACACAGCUUUUUGAAAGUUACAGUCAAUCAUAAAAAAUAGGCUUACAUCCCUAGUAAACUUGAAAACACUGUAACUUAUCAAUUAUUUGUUCAGCGAGUCAGUAAUUGUCAAUAAUACUAUAUUGAAACAUUAUUUCUUAAUAAUAAUAUUAAUAAUAAUAAUAAUGGUCAUUUAUGUAGCGCCUUUUCCUCUCGAUUACAAAGCGCUUGUAUCAUGCACAUAGGAACCUCAAAUGUGCUUAUACAGGUUAUUCAGACACUAUUUUUAUUUUGAUAAAUAAUAGCAAUAAAUUUAAAUGGCAAAACAAUUUCUUGAAACCCAUUUUGACACAUCCACACCAAAUUAUCAUUGGAUACAAUUAGUCUCACAAUGUUGAUGUUGUUUAAAACACAUCAUUUAUAACUAUUGUAUAACUUCUUAUCUAGGUAUUCAUGGUUGCUUUUCAUAUACUUUACUGUACAUAACUCAUGAAAUCAAAAUAGAAAAACUUCUGAAAUGUUAAAUUUUAUGUUAACACAUUUAAUUGUAAAUGUGACUCAUUUUUAUUGCUGUAAAUCACAAAGGUAAUAACUAUGUAACUUUGAACUGUGUAUAAUGUACUGUCUGCAAAACAACCUUAAAAAAAUCAAUUAAAAUGAAUUGGCUCAUUUAAAAGAAUCAAAUAAGUCAAAAAAAUAGAUCGAUAUUUUAACUGUCUUUUGAAUUGACUAGAAAAUUAUUUGUACAUUAUAAAAAUCAAAUAAAAAAUUUAAUUUUUCAAUGAAUUUAGCUUAUAACAUACAGUUCAUCAUUAAAUAAUCUAAAAGUAAAACUAUAAAGCACAUUCUGGAACUAAAAUUACUAUAAACAUUGAACAAAAAUAUUUUCUCAUUUAAUUUACUAACUGAAAGACUAUUUUGCAGUCUGUGUAGAUACUAUAGCAAGAAAUUGUGGCUAUUUAAACUUAAAAAUUAACACACCAACAUUAAUCAUGCACUUUUUCUAGUUGCAGCCAUUUUUAUUUUUAAUGUCCAAUACAUCAAAAACAAAUUAUAUAAAUUACAAACAUUGCUGCAGAAGGCAGAAAAGCACAAUUAAAGGCAAUCAUAUUGAAAUACACUGGUUGACUGUAUUGCCUUUUUAUGCAAUAAUUUUGAAAUGCUCUAAUCCAUAAUUAGAGCAUCACCAUGCCAUAAUCACGGAUUAGAGCAUUACUAUAAUGCCUUACAUAGGAAAAUACUUAAUUAUAUUAACACACAGACAGUAUAUUAAACAUUUAUGUAAAUAUGUAAAUGUUUCAUAUGUUGAUAAACAAUCAUUCCAAAAUAAAUAAUUACUAAUUUUGUAAAUACAUUAAACUAUACUAAUAAUUUUAAACAUGUUUUAAAACAUCAUAAAAUUAUAAUUAUGGAUUCUUCAAAUGAAACCUAUAAUUUUACUACAGACCUUAUAUUUUACUGACAAUACUAUUUCAAUCCAAUAACAUCAAUUCUUCUAGACAAGUCUCUAAAUUAUUGUUUCCUCCUAGUGUAAAAAACUUUCGGAAAGCACAGUGUUUAUAUCGAGAAACAUUUUUUUUGUUUAUUAAUUGGAUCGUGGUACCCAAAACAAGUAGAACAUGAAACACUAUUGGUGCAAAAAAGUACUUUGGAAUGCAAUUGAUUAUAUUGGAUAUAUUUUUAAUAGUUUUCAAUGAUUAAGAUAAAAUUUUGGGAUUGGAAUCCUGUUUACAAUCCUUCAACAGAAAAUACAAUUGCAUGACAGGUAGUUGUCUACCCUAUUGAAUGUUCCCAGGAUCUGUUACUGUUCUAAAUUAAGUAAGAUAAUCAUAUCUUGGUUUAACGUUCUUAGCUUUCCUUUGAAUUAUACAUGUUUCUUGAGCAAGUAAAAUUUUUUUUGUUUAAUUUAAAGAAUCCAUCAUUAUCUACACUGAAACCAGAAUAAUUAUUAUUUCUGCAUCGACAAGUGUGUAACUGUAAUAUAAAUAAUUGUAUAUAUUUAAUCAUGUUAAUAAAUUAAUCAUUAUUUUUAGAUUAUAUUAAUCAAUUGAUAAAAAGUGUAUAUUGUAAGAAAAUGUAAAUAGAAGUGAUGUUUGCCCUGCCUGACAUGUUAUCGUACUGAAUACUCAGUACGUUACUCAACACUUGCGAAAAAUAUUUCGCAAUUGAUUCGGGUAGGAAUUGAAUUUGAAUCACAACCUCUAUAACCACUAGACCACCAACCUUGCACUUUGUUACUAGUGUUGAAUACGACCCAAGUAGCAGCAGGCGCUACAACAGACCAAAUUGGCACCUCUAGCUAUUACUAGUCACGUGACAUAUAGUGGGUACUAAAUAUCAACAUCCACAUCGUAAACCACAGUGUGCACAUUGAACACAGUAUAUUGAGAGAGUUAUGAUGUUUUUUAGACAGCGACCCAACAUAAAGUAAGGCAGUAGGCCCAUGUUUUUUUUUAAAUAGUGAUUUAUAAUUACUUUGGCAAUCUGUGCAUUUUUAUUUAGGCUGUGGAUUGCUGCUAGUCUAGGCUAUAUACAGGUAUAGGCCUAGGCUGCACUGCAGUGUUAAGAUUUAUAGUAAUAAUAAAGGCGCCGCUCUGGUUCGUUUGUUUCCUGUAGUUUCUCCACUUAGUAAAAUGGUCAAAAUUUACCCCAUUCGCGGGAGGGCAAAUGUUCCAUCAAUGUUAAUGCAAAUACGCGAACAACUCAUUCUUCUGCUAUUGAAGUUCUUUGCUAAUAUCCACUAUAAGUCACAUGACCCAAGCCGCUGAUUCAGUCUUUCUAUUUCUAUAUUUAAAUGUUUUGCAUCAGGAAACAUUCCUAUAUAGAAAUUCCUGAUGCAAAACAUCAAAAUAAAAUGUAAAUAUUGUAAAUAAUUUUGAGAAAACAUACAGUACCCAUCUUGAAAAUGAAAAGCCUAUUCUAUUUCUGUUCAGCUUUCAGCUUACAGUAGCCGUGAGGAAAAUCUGGCCCUCCCUUGGCGUUCCUUCAAAACAUUUUUUAAAGUAAUUACUGUAUAAUACAUAAUCAUAAUACACAAUCAAUUAUAAUAUUUUUUUUUAUUGAGAAUCACUUCUAUCAUUGAUUGACAGAUGAUUUCUUAUUCCAACACAAUAUCCCUCAUCCUUAUUAAAUUUCACUACCAAAAAAUCUGCAGGCCAAGUUAGCAUAAAUUAUUUGGAAUUUUUCAUUAGAAUA